AUGAGCCUGUGCAGCGCCGGACAGGACACGGACAUCACCGUCUGGGACCUCGUCAGCCACGAGGCCGAGUUCUCCCUCAGCGGCCACCGCGGUGGCGUCGUGUCGCUCUUUCUGCCACCACAGGCACGCGAACGCCUCGUGAGCGCGGCCGCGGAUGGGCUGAUUAAGGUCUGGAACGUGGCGCUGCGGCAGUGCGUGCAGACCAUCGUCGUCUCCGACGCGCAAAUCACCGCCAUGGUGGCGGACUGCGAGGGCCUGAGACUUUACUGCGGCCUGCGUGAGAGCGUGAUUAAGGUGUAUAAGCUAAACUAUGGUAACGACGAAGAAGCCUCCUUGACCAUGACCAGCCGAGCUACCGCGGCGGCGGCAAUUGCUGAAAAGGAUAAUGAUGGGAAUUUCAUCGUCGAUCAUGGUUCAAUCGCUCGCCGAUACCACAAACCAAUCACGGCGCUGAAAUUUUCACCGGACUCAAACUAUAUCCUAGCAUGUACGAGCAAAACUGUGGAGGUGUACCGCAUUUUAAGCGCCGAAGGUGUGCGAAGAAAGGUCAUUCGGAAGAAGAAGCGCCAGCGGGAAGUGUUAGAAAAGCGACAGGGACGUCAGAACAACGAAGCACACGAAGAUGCGGCGGAAGAGGAGGGCGCCUCGAAGGAACAUGAUGAACUCGACAAGAAAUCCUCAAAACGACGCACACAUAAGCGAAUAAUGAAGAGCAAUGAUGAGGAGAAGAGCGAAGACGAUGCACCGGAGAGCAUCUCCAAUGAAGCCAAUGAAAAAAGGCAUUAUGCCGCGACUGCCUCGGAGGAGGUCACGUUACUUCGGACUUUCUUCCUCACAGAACACAAAGUACGCGCUGCCUGUUUUGUACCGACGCCAGAAGCUGUGCACGACCCCGACGAUGACGACGCCGGUGAUAUGCUUCACAUUGCCGUCCUUUUCAAUAACAACUCAAUCAAAACCUACACGACACGUUUGACAUUAAACAAUGCAGAGGGAUCGGCGACGUGGACCCUUGAUGACCUCAAGGCUCGGUAUACGCUCGGGCAACAAGUCCAUCAGAGCGAAAUCCGAGCCCUUAGCUUUGUGGACAACGACUCCGCCCUCCUAUCACUAAGUAAGGAAAAAUUACUGUUCUGGAGGCUCUCCGUGAAGGGAGAUCUUCUCGAGCGUGAUCAUCUAGAUGAUCACGACUUUUACGAUGCGAAAGAGGCCAAUCUGUCGCGCAUCACCUUCAAGGGAUCUCUUAACUGCUAUAAUAGCAGUGUAGACUGGGGAGAGGCGGGUGAUGCCGCCGCAGAGGCUGUCUCGAUGGCGGCGAUCUCGUCCAGUCUUUGCUGUGUAGGUCUCAGCAAUGGUACCGUGUGUUUGGUGGAUGCGGCAGCUUCAGAGAUCACAUUCGUUGAGCCAUUAUUUCAUGCGCAUGGUGUCAAAGCUGUAGUGGAGCGUCCUGAUAAGUCGGGAUUUCUAACACUUGGCUCGGACUGUCGUGUGGUUUUGUGGACACUGGGGCUGAUGGCGGUGAGUCUCGAGAAUGGUGAAGACAAUCGCAUCUCAAAGCCAAGUAGCUCAACAAAUCCAAAGCAAGUCACCUUGCUGCUAUCCAUGGAGAUUGAACUUGCAGAACUUCCAUUAUUCGCGCAGUUUAGUCCAGAUGAAAAGUUCCUUGGUGUAGGACUGAAUAACCACAAUAUCCAGCUUUUCUUUGCAGAUACCCUAAAGCCGUACCUACUGCUCUUUGGGCACAAACUUCCGCCGACUUCGCUAUCCUUCUCGACAGACGGGACCCUGGUCGCCUCUGUUGGGAUGGAUAAGUCCCUGCGUUUCUGGGGCACCGACUUUGGUGACUGUCAUCGCGCCAUCCACGCACACGACGAUUACAUCACACAAGUAGAGUUCGUGAAGGACACCCACUACGUCUUUACAGUUUCCAUGGACGGAUCAGUUAAGCAGUGGGACGGCGACAACUGGACAAUGAUUCAGCUCUUCCGACAGCACCAACGUGGCCUAUGGGCGGUGGCGGUCACACGAAAUGGGACCUGCGUCGCGACUGCGGGAGUCGACAAGUGCAUCCGGUGCUUCCUGCGCACGCAGGACAUCAUCUUCCCCACGGAGGAGGAAGAACGCAUGGCGCAGGAGGCCAUGGACGAAGAGGCGGCCCAGCGGGCGACCCUGCAGAAGCUGGCCCAGCAGCAGCACGACGGGCUGGAGGCAACACUUGCGGGUCAGCAAACCGCCGCCACCGCAGAAGCUGCGGAGCGUCUGAUGGAGGCCCUCGAUCUGGUCAGCGUGGAGUUGCAAAGGCAGCAGAACAAAGGAGAUACCACGACCACGAGGCAUCCCUUGCUGGUUAACAGCACCGAGUGGGCGUAUCUGUGGUCAGUGAUCGAGAGUAUUAGGCCCAGUGAGCUGCGUCACUCGCUUUCCUGUCUGACAGGCGUACAUGUGCAUGCACUGCUAGAUUAUUUGGAUGGAAUGGUCGAAAACAAGGCAGUGCAGAGUUACGAGAUCGCGGCUAAGAUCCUGCUUGCCUUGGUGAUGCCCGCUCCAGGGCAGACACCCAGUAGCAUAGGGCUGCGCACGGCCGCCACCCACGGCGAGGUCUCCGAGGUUCACGGCGCACGGCGACUGGAAAAGCUUCGGCGGGCCAUCUCAUACGGACUCGACCAAACCGUCAGCCGUAUAGACUAUAAUAUCGCCGCCUUGCAGAUUGUAAGACGGUAUAUGGAGGAAGCUGACAAGGUUAAGUUCUUCGAUCUCAGCAAAAUACAGGGUUACAAAAAGAAGUACCACAGUCAAGCGUUGCCGCUGGCGACCAGAAAUGAGUGA